AUGUUCCAAGUCAUCACACCCUCGACCUGCUUCAACCCGGCAAGGCUUAUCCGUUCCUCAAGCAGCUCGACUAAACUUAUCUUUGCCGAUGGUCAACCACGGAACCUGUCGUGUUACUCUUUCAAGCUAACCCAGCGGAGACCAGGUAGCGGUCAAGCCGGCUUAAUGCCGUCGCAAGCAAAAGUCAACAACACUUCAGCAUCCUCCGCUUGGUCGCCUGCAAUCGAUCUGAGCGCAUCGUCACGUGGUUCGAAGAAUGAGAGUCAUUAUUUUCUCACUGCAGAUUCGGAAUCGAUGGGUGAAGGACAAGGUGGCAUCGUUGAGGCCGGACCGUCAACUCAAAUCGAUACAGAUUUACUCCUCAAAGAGCUCAAAUCCCUGCAAGAGAACGCCGGACGUGCUAGUAAAUCUUCAAUCCAUAAGCGCGUUAAACAUCACUGGGAACAAUGGAACGAGUUCCUGAAAACUCCAAAAGGGAAAAUAUUAGAUAGCGAUGUAAUCCUUCGCAUCACCCACGAAUUCUUAUUUCUGCAUCCCAGUAAAAUUCUGACAAUUUUCGAAGACAAUGAACAAGCUCAACGAUCUCAAGAGGUUUCUCCAUCGACUAGAUUUGAUCAGAGGAUUUUCAAGUCGAUCGGCUUCGCUACCUUAAAGUAUCAAAAUUGGACAGUUUUGAAACGACUACUGAGUCGGCAAAGGAACUUAAGACGAUCGGAUGUUCUCUCCAUCGUCCGAAUCGCAUCCCGAAAGAUCCUAUUCUCCUCUUCGUUAAAAACUCAAAACGCUAGAAUUACGGCGAUCCUCGGACUCUCCGGAGCGAUUACCGACACGUUUAAUGAGGAAACUGAUUGUAUAAAAUGCAUGACACAAUCAGUCGAGAUUCUUUGCGAUGCUCUCCUAAGAAUGAGUUGUCACGAACCCGCUGCCGCCAUGAUUCUUCAAAUACUUCGCCGACACCCUAACUUCGCAAAAUAUUUCACCUCCCAUUUUCUUCAUCGGCUGAUGAGCACGUGUGCCUCUCAUCAAUAUCUCUCGACAGCCCACGAUCUUUUGGCUGAGCUUCCGCCGGAGCUGCAAACGUUGGAUCAAUUUAAAGCUUGUAUGUCAGUGUGGGACAGACGAACGCCUCGACCGUUACUACAUUCGGCUUGUUCGGUGUGGCACGCUCUGGUUUCACAUCCUCACAUAGUCCCAGACCAUGAUGCCCACAAUCUCUAUCUGGCGUUGAAGUCAAGGCUUGGCCAUGUCGAAGACUUGAUGAGAAUCAUCCAUAAUAUGGAACGUCGUGGGAUUCUUGAGGAGGACGGAAAACAAAAAACCUACGGAAUUCUACUGCAUUCGAUAGGACGUAGAAGAGGGAUUCAGUCUGCCUACGAGGUCUUACCCGAGCUCGUCUCAAGGGGAUACAUCCCAGAUGAACACACCUCCAAUAUCCUGCUCAGUGCCAAGCCCAUCGAUAAUCCAGACUCAAACCUUAGCUACUCUCGGAAUGAAUCAGCAAACAGGGCCGGACGCGAGGAGCGGUUACUUGAAACUAUGCAACAGAUCAAGAAAGCAAAUAUGAAAUCAGAUGAAGUCACAAGAAACAUUCUAGUUCGCAGUUUCCUGAGCCGGUCACCAUACCACUCCAAAGAAGCAAUCUCGAACAUCAAGCAUAUCUCACUCGAUCAAUCUGGCUCGAAUCUAGAACCAAAUCUAGACAGAAAACAAUUUCGAAGGUUCAGGAAGCCGCUGUAUUCUAUGUUAUGUUCCGCUUUCCGUAGAGCUAAUUAUUUAGAUGAAUUAGAAGAUUUGAAACUUGAAUGGAAACGUGAAAGCUCUAAAGCCAGAUCAAAAUCCGCCCGAAACCCGCAAAAAUCGUGA